GCUCCUUUCAUCACUACUCCUCUGGAGACACUUGAUGGAUUAGUGGAAGAUGUUGCCACUUUUAUAUGUGCAGUUGAUUCAUAUCCGCCGCCAGAAAUAACAUGGACACGUAAUAACAUUCCUAUAAGGUUGUUUGACACACGCUACAGCAUUCGAGAAAAUGGACAACUCCUGACCAUUCUCAGUGUGGAGGAAGGCGACGAUGGUGUAUAUUGCUGUGUGGCUAAAAAUGGUGUGGGAGACCCUGCCGAAAGCUGUGGAGCUUUACAAGUGAAAAUGAAACCAAAAAUCACGCGUCCACCAAUGAAUGUAAAGCUUAUUGAAGGUGUGAAAGCUGUCCUUCCAUGCAAUACUUUGGGAAAUCCGAAGCCUUCUGUUUCUUGGUUAAAGGGAGAA